UGCCCCAAGGGGCUGUUUUCACUUCCUCAUGGGCAGAAGAAGCAAAGCAGAAAAGAGAGGCAGACACGAGACAGUAAACUUUUGCCACCAUGGGGAACUGGGCUGUGAAUGAGGGACUCUCCAUCUUUGUCAUUCUGGUAUGGCUGGGGUUGAACAUCUUCCUCUUUGUCUGGUACUACCGGGUUUAUAGUGAGCCAGUGAAGUUCCAUUACACCCGAGAACUUCUUGGGCGAGCCCUGGCAUUGGCCAGGGCCCCUGCAGCCUGCCUGAAUUUCAACUGCAUGCUGAUACUGUUGCCAGUAUGUCGAAAUCUGCUCUCCUUCCUCAGGGGUUCCAGUGCGUGUUGCUCAACAAGAAUUCGAAGACAACUGGACAGGAACCUCACCUUUCAUAAAAUGGUGGCAUGGAUGAUUGCACUUCACACUGCGAUUCACACCAUUGCACAUCUAUUUAAUGUGGAGUGGUGUGUGAAUGCCCGGGUCAACAAUUCUGAUCCUUACUCAAUAGCACUGUCUGACAUUGGAGAUAAGCCUAAUGAAAGUUACCUCAAUUUUGCUCGCGAGAGAAUCCCGAAUCCUGCAGGAGGCCUGUAUGUGGCUGUGACUCGGUUGGCAGGCAUUACUGGAAUUGUCAUCACACUGUGCCUCAUAUUAAUUAUCACCUCUUCCACCAAAACCAUCCGGAGGUCUUACUUUGAAGUGUUUUGGUACACACACCAUCUUUUUGUGAUCUUCUUCAUUGGUCUCGCCAUCCAUGGAGCUGAGCGAAUUGUACGUGGGCAGACCUCAGAGAGUUUGCAGGAGCACAAUGUAACAAUAUGCCGUGAUAAAAUCUCAGAUUGGGGAAAAAUAAAGGAGUGCCCAGUCCCUAAGUUCUCUGGGAACCCACCUAUGACUUGGAAAUGGAUAGUUGGUCCCAUGUUCCUGUAUCUCUGUGAGAGAUUGGUACGGUUUUGGAGAUCUCAACAGAAGGUGGUCAUCACCAAGGUGGUCACUCAUCCUUUCAAAACCAUCGAGCUACAGAUGAAGAAGAAGGGAUUCAAGAUGGAAGUGGGACAAUACAUUUUUGUCAAGUGCCCCAAGGUGUCCAAGCUGGAAUGGCACCCUUUCACACUGACCUCUGCCCCUGAGGAAGAUUUCUUUAGCAUCCAUAUCCGCAUUGUUGGGGACUGGACAGAGGGACUGUUCAAUGCUUGUGGCUGUGAUAAGCAGGAGUUUCAAGAUGCCUGGAAACUACCUAAGAUAGCAGUUGAUGGGCCCUUUGGCACAGCCAGCGAAGAUGUGUUCAGCUACGAGGUGGUAAUGUUAGUAGGAGCAGGAAUUGGGGUCACACCUUUUGCAUCCAUUCUCAAGUCAGUUUGGUACAAAUACUGCAAUAAUGCCACCAGUCUGAAGCUCAAAAAGAUCUACUUCUACUGGCUGUGCCGGGACACACAUGCCUUUGAGUGGUUUGCCGACUUGCUGCAGCUGCUGGAGACCCAGAUGCAAGAGAGGAACAAUGCUGGUUUCCUCAGCUAUAACAUAUACCUCACUGGCUGGGAUGAGUCACAGGCCAAUCAUUUUGCUGUGCACCAUGAUGAGGAGAAAGAUGUCAUCACAGGCUUGAAACAAAAGACUUUGUAUGGACGGCCCAACUGGGAUAAUGAGUUCAAGACAAUUGCGAGCCAACAUCCAAACACCCGAAUAGGAGUUUUUCUCUGUGGACCUGAAGCCUUGGCUGAAACUCUCAGUAAACAAAGCAUCUCCAACUCUGAGUCUGGCCCACGGGGAGUGCAUUUCAUCUUCAAUAAGGAAAACUUCUAAUUGGUCACUUUCAUGAGGAAAUAAAUGUGGCUUAUGCUGCCAAAUGCCCAAAUAAUGCUAGUUGGUAAUGUAAGUCCUCCCCACUUUUAAAAUGGAGAAAAGAAACUCUAAUGGAAGGUUUGCCCAAGGAUUGUUUGAUAGUGAUAAUCUGCAUUUGAAUCAGGUUUAUGAUUUUCAGAGCACUUUUACAAACAUUAUUCAUUUUUUUCGAUCAGUCAUGCCAGAGAAAAGGUAGGGCAAGAAAUCCCAGACUCAGUUUUAGGUAAAAAAAUGGGGACUCAAAAUGAUGAAGUAACCCCCCAAAGGCUAUGAAGCUGAGAUACAUCUAGGCCAUCCAACUCCAUGUUUGGUAGUGUCCCCACAAUACCAUGUGGCCUGGAAAUGGGUUUUGUAUACUCCCCAAAGAAGAAUCAAAGCAGAAAGUACACAUUCAUUUUCCAUUUUGUAUCAUCAUUGUUCUCAUUAUGUCAUAUGGAAGGAAUUUUCCAAAUAGUGAAGAGAUAUAUAUUGCUGAGAGUGAUUCAACACUUAAUAGUGACAGGAUUGACAUUUUAAGCAUACUGCAGUUUACCAAUACAUCAUAUUAAUUGUGUCAGAGAUUCUUCUUACAAAAGAGUAUUAGACUAACUGGAAUUAAUGUGUUAUCUAAUUUUACAAUCAUGCUUGGCAAAGAAUGGAUUACUCAAUGAAAAUUUGUUGAAUGAAUGAAAAAGACAUUUAGAACCAUGCAAGGCCAGGGUAGAAUUAAUUUAAAGCAUUUUAACAGAAUCAUCUAAGGAAAUAACUUCUGUUACACUUAUAAACCAAAGGCACUGAUGCUCCUGAGCAUAGAGAAGAGGCUAAGGACAGUAACACAUAGGAUGCCCUGAAGAAAAGGGAGAUGCAAGCAGAAAACUGACCUCCUAUCAUAACUCUGGCUGGCUCCUCAGUCUUGCUCUCUGUGCUAUGAAAGAGAUGUAAACUGAUUUACUACCUGAAACAGUCUCUUCCAGCUAGCACUUGUGAAUUUAAAACUAAGAAUUGUGACAAAUAUGUAUCUGCUAGGGCCCAUCUGCUUUAAAUAAUAUCCCUCCUUGUUUUACUUAAAUACUUGUGCAUAAAAAUUGGAUCUUAUUGUGUGACUAAUAGUUUAUUGUUUUAUUAUCAUCAUUAUCAUUAUUAAAUUAUAUCAUAGAAACUAAAAUUCCCAGAUUACUGUGUAGGUAUUGAAAUCCCACUCAAUAGAAUGUUCGCGAUAUCUAUGUGUUCAAAAGAGAGUCUCUAAAUCACUGUCAAUAUGACCAAAAAACAGUCUUCUUUUUCUCACAGCUCCUCUUAUUUCUGGGAACUCACAACUUUAUUGGCCCAACCCUCUGGGGCCACAGAUAUUUAGUAUUAUCAACUUCAGUAAUGAGGAAGAAAGAGGGGGAAGGGCAGAAGACUAGGUUGGAAGAAAGGAGCAGGAAGGAGGAAAGAGAAUAGAAGGAGAAUGAGAGAAAGCUAAAAAGGCAAAAGGUUAGUGUAGGGAAAAGUAGUCUCACAUCACUCAGUUUCUAUCCCAGAUUUGAAGUCUUGUAUGUAGUGAAUGUAACUGAAGGAGGCACACACAUAUUUAUUUUAUUUUGGUUACAUAUGAUAUUGAAUCUGAAAUUUUGGUUGCAAAUUUUGAUGCUGAGUGGCCCAUAUUCAGAGGGCUGAGAUGAACUUGUUAAGAACCCAGUUUUUCUUUGGGUUCUCGACGAUGGCCAGGGCACUGACAAGUCAGGCUUGCUGCUGGAUGUCACCUCCCCAAAAUGUCCCAGAAAGGUUUCCACUUAGAGAAGCUUAGGUCCAGCAUGUUCACACUGCAUGCCAAGUAUCAGCUCAUUCAUUUUAACAAAUUUUUGUUGUGCUAUUACAAUGACUGGCUCCUGUAUUCCUAGUUUCAGUUCUUGACACCAAAGUGUGAGCAAAGGAGGAAGCAUGGUUAUAAGGAGUCUGGGAAUCUUGGCCCUACUAACCUAUUUUGUCAUAAAUAAAACCAAACUCGAUUUGUUGUUCUCAAAAUGUUUUGCUAUUUGGCACCAACAAGGGGUUUUCUCCCUUUGAUAUCAACCAUGGUUACCAAAACAAAUAAAUCUGUCCUGUGUCACCCGGUUAUAAUAUGCAAAAAAUGAGUGUAAAAGUGAUUGUCAUUUGAAAACUUCCUUCUUCAUGCUUCUUCCAAGCUGCCGCAUAGCUUUUUAAGCAUUUUUUAGCAUUUAUAUUUAGCAGUUAGUAACAAGAACUGAGAGAAUUUGCUAAGCGUUUGAUUUUAAUCACAAGGCUCUCAAGGCUUUUUUUUAGUUCUCCUGCUUUGCAAUGUUUGCAUUAUGAAAUUUGAAUACUUGUAGGUGUGGUAUGUGAAUGUCCUGGGGGUCCCUGGGAGAUAAUUCUUAGGAAGAACUAUUAAAAACUGUGCUGAACUAUUAAAAUUAAUGAAGU